AUGGAGGAUAUCCAUCCCCGCGCGGGACCCAUCCCGGGCUCCAAGCGAAUAAUUCAGCCACACGAGAUGUGGGCGAUCACCAUCAACCGCGACACCAAAGCUGUCGCUAAGAAGCCCAAUGGCGAUUUCCACGAAGUGCCGGUUCCCAAGGGAACUAUCGGCUACGGCAUGUGUGUCAGAGCAGACAAGCCCGACCACCUCAUGGUGCAGCUCAUCGACCCCAGUCGCAACAUUCACCAAGUCUCUGUUCCUUUCCGGGAUGUCGACAGCGGCUCCCGACACGCUUUCCGCACCGAGAAGCCUCGAGCACUCAUCGAGCGAGCCAUCCAGCCUCUGGGAACCUCUAGAGCUAACGACCUCGCCGCAAAGGCCAUUGUACAGAUAUGGCACUCUAUUCGAGACAACUUUGAGAGCCUGAAGGAUCUCGGACUCAGAAAGGCGUAUGUCUACGAGGACAGACUUAAGGACAAGGCCAAGCUUCGGGAUUCCCUCACUGAGUUGAUUGCAUCCUUCACGGACGAUACCUGGAAUGUCAUCAAAGACGGAUGCAACAUUCAAACCCUGCGUACGAUCCGGCCCGUCGACUCUCAGUACCCCGCCAUGGACGAGAAUAUCAGAAUUACCACGAUCUAUCUGAUGCUCUACCCAAUGCGUGCCUACCUAUCUGCGGACUCGGGAGAGUUUGGCAAGUACGGCGGAAAAACUCUCUCGAAACCCCAUGUCCGGAACGUCGCCCACACCGCCGACUUCAACAACCCAAAGGUCAAGUUGAAGCACUACGAGAUGGCGCGAAAGUUCGGCAAUGAGCACAAGGUCAUGCUUCCCAUGAUCAGGUUGCAGGAGGCCGGCAUCGACAUGGUUGCAAUGGCCGAGACAACAAUCUGUUGCCUCUUCGCAACUUGGAAUGCCGGCACAUACGCCGCCAAGCCGACCUCUGGCAAGGUCGAUACCGACGCCACUAGACGACGGGAACUCAUGGCACUGUUGAGGGACAUUUACACCAAAUCUCUCGAGGAGGUCGGUUACCCCAAGCUCCGUAGAACGGGACUCAACUGGGAUUUGCCCCUCGAAGAUGGAAAACUCGACCGCCGCGAGUGGCUCUGCUACAAAGUUACCAACCCCGAAGGACGACGCAUGUCUCAGUUCCGAACACGGGCGAAGGUCAGAAACGACAGAGGCAAGGAUAUCUUUCAGAUCAGAUUCACUAUGAGCCGCGAGAACACCGAUGAUCAACGCUUCUGGUGGAUCAGACACACCUUUGAGGUAGAUUCGCCCCCUCCCAUUGGCACGCCUCUAGUUGUGACCGUUGAGUCGAUGGAUGACGGCAAGCCUCACCAGACUCCGUGGUUUCUUGGUCCUCGCCAUGGCGCAUGGGACAACUUCCACGAGCUCCACUCCUUCAGCCUGCGUGUCGAGUGGUAUGACAAGGACACCGACAAGUGGUAUGCGUUGGCAUACCGGCAGCACCAGUAUUUUGGUAAAAAAGCGAAGUUCGUGAGCCCGUUCGAUGACAAGUACAGCUUCGUUGGCGGGGACCUCAGCUACAACUAUCAGUGGAUGUACGCCACGCGCAUCUUGCAGUUCAUUCACAACCGCCAAUACGACAACCCUCCCGAGUUCAUGGGAAAGAUCAACUUCGCUGGCGUCAGAAUGGUCGUCUGGGACCACAUGGCUCAGUGCGUCAGAUACAUCCCCAGGGAUCAUCGCCCCGUCUGUGAACCCCCCAAGCGCGUCACUUUCGUGGAGAAUUGGAACGCAAUCGUGAACGCGUGGCCGAGUGUCUACGUCGGAAAAAAGCCCCCGAUGUCGGAUCGGAAAUGCGCUGUGUCUUGGUGUCUCACCUUGCAGAAGCUGCCCAACAACAAGACUGCCAACUGGUGGCCCAUCAAGGGUGAAGACAUCGACCCCGCCGAGAUCGACACAUCUGAACACUCGGCUGAGGAAGUCGCCGAGCACACCUGUUGGAUGUGCUGGGUCCUUUACCGCCGGCCCUGUGUGUGGGUGGGAAAGGAAGAGUUUCAUGAAACCUACUACACCAAUGGCCGCAACAAGCUGUACUCGCUGCCUACCUACCCGCUCCUCGGUCCGGGUCUGAACAAGAAGCCACAGGUUUUCGAGAUCCAUCCCCGUAGUCCCCAAGACGACUUCUACGGUCUCAAGGGGGAGCUUGACGAAGAGGAAGACGAGGAAGACGAGGAAGUCGAGGAGGGAAUGGAUGUAGAUGCCUAG